AUGGGUAAAAACACCGUGCAAGCAAAACAAUGGAUUGAAAAAUGUUACCCGGACUCUUGUCCAUCAAAAGCAACGAUUUGUCGGUGGUUUGCCGAGUUUAAACGUGGUCGUACCGACACAAAUGACGCGGAACGCUCGGGUAGACCUGUGGAAGCUGUGACACCGGAAAAUGUGAGUGAAGUGAGAAAAAUUGUAAUGAAAGAUCGUAAAGUGAAGCUCCGUGAGAUUGCUGAGAUGACACAGAUAUCAUAUGGAAGUGUAUUUACUAUCCUUCAUGAAAAAUUGAGCAUGAAAAAGGUUUUUUCCAAGUGGGUGCCGCUACUUUUAUAA